AUGGACUGGUUUUCUUGGCUAUUGAACACUGGCCUUGAGCCUUGUCUUGUUAAUCACUACGCCCUUACUUUUAUUCACAAUGAACUUCAACAAGAUGAUAUAGCUUAUUUUAGCCAUGAAUUGCUGCAAAGCAUGGGAAUCACUGUGGCAAAACAUCGGCUCGAGAUUCUCAAGCUUGCUAUGAAAGAAAAGGGUAGAAUACACCCAAUGUUAUGGUUCAUUUUCGCCAUUAAGCAUACCAAGACUUUUCUUGCUAAGCAUAUUUAUGGUUCGGUACAAUAUGAAAAUUCAGCUCUUGUAUCGAAAAGGCAUUACAGUUUGAGAUGGAAGGUUGCUAUGUUACAGAGGAAAAAGAAGUUGAGAGCUACAAUGUCAGAAAGGCAAAUGAUGAUAACAAAUGGAGAUUCUAUUGCUGAGUCUGGCCAAAAAUUGUUGAUGCUCACAAAUGGGAGCCCCAUAGUCGAUUCUCUAAACUCUGGCUCAUAUCAAAAUUUGAACAGAAUUGAUAAAAACUUGCGUAUCACAAAACACGCGUUGGACCAUGAAAAAGUUGAUAGUAACAACGCUGAGAUUUGGUCGAGUAGUGUCAAAGAAAUCAUGUGGGAUACAAUGUUUCAGAAUUUGAAGCCGACGUGA